ACAGUCUACUGGAAAACUACAUAAAGAGGAUCACAACAUAGGGGAACCGCAAUCAAGAAAGUACCAAAUUCCGGCACAAAAUGUUUUUGGUACAGGUAUUUUAUGGAACUCUUCUGUUUGUACAUGGAACCCAAGCUUUAGUGAGACUACACCCUGAUAAAGCAAAAAAUGAUAUAGAGAAUAUAUUCGAUAGCGAACGUUUUCACCAUCAGAAUUCUCCAAUACGAUACGAAAGCUGGUCAGAUAACGAUAAUAAUCCUGAAGAUGAUUUAGAAAUGGCGAAACGAAAUUUUGCUGAAAGACUGGUAUCAGUUAAAUUUAAUGGCAUCAGAGACAAACAAAAACAUUUUUCAAUCGGAGUUUGUGAGGAGAACUUAACGUGUUCUGAUUUGGAACCAUGGGAGGUUAUUCGAGAGGGUAACUUCAAAGUAUUAUACAAGUUCAAACCGAUCGAGUGCCAAUGUAUAGGAACAUCCUUAAUAAUCUGAAUGGACUGAAAAUGACAAAUCAAUAAAAAAUGGAUAGCAAAA